AUGGAAUCUGCGAUUAAGCAACCGUGUGCCGACAUACAGCUCAAGCAGGAGACGGCUGUGGUGGUGGCAGCGGACAAUGUCAAACUGGCGCCAUUGCCGUCGCGUCGUCAAGGUGUCGAAGGAGGGGAAGAAGGAGAACGAACCAUCGACGAUGAUGUGACGGCUGCCCAACAAGAAUACACUGUCUUCACCAAAGGCCAGAAGACUUUGAUCCUCUUCUUGGCCACGUGGGCUGGUCUUCUAUCUCCUCUGACGGCGAACAUCUAUUUCCCGGCCCUCACGACCCUGGCGACGGACCUGGGAGUCUCGCAGACUCGAAUCAAUCUCACCGUCACCUCCUACAUGAUUUUCCAGGGCCUAUCGCCUACCAUCUUCGGUGGAUUGGGCGAUACGGCCGGUCGGCGACCGGCAUACAUUCUGGCAUUUACCAUAUACCUCGGAGCCAACAUUGGCCUCGCCCUUCAGGACAGCUACGCGGCCCUGUUGGUGCUCCGAUGCCUUCAAAGCGCGGGUUGCAGCGGUGCGAUCGCGUUGGGCAAUGGAGUCGUGGCCGACAUCUCGGUCAGUUCGGAACGGGGCAUUUACAUGGGCGUCUUUCAAUCUGGGGCCAUGAUCGGACCUUCAUUAGGUCCCCUCAUUGGAGGCCUGGUGAUUGGCCUGUCAGGUUGGAGGACCUUGUUUUGGUUUCUGGUCGUGUUUGGUGGUGUCUUCAUGAUCACCUUCCUGGCCUUCUUUCCUGAAACCAGUCGCAAUGUGGUUGGGAAUGGAUCGCUCGCACCGACGGGAUGGCAUAAGCCCCUGAUCAGCCACUCCUUCAACGCACCCAGGACAACAGCAGCCACAGCAGGAUCGUUGAAACCCAGCUUUCGUUGGCCGAAUCCCCUGCACACAUUCGCCAUGUUAGGAGAAAAGGAGACCGGCGUGAUCCUGGCCUACAAUGCCAUCAUUUACACGGCUUUUUACGAUGUGGCCGCCAGCACACCGACGCUCUUUACCAGGAUUUAUGGCUACAGCGCGCUCCAGGUCGGACUUUGCUACCUCCCUUAUGGAGUAGGAUGUGCCAUUGGUUGUAUAGCUGGUGGCAGAGUAAUGGAUUGGAACUUCCUCCGAAUAGGCAGAAAGCCCGAGACGGCCUGGGAUGGCUCCAAGGGAGCGGACCUGGGACGAUUCCCCAUUGAACGGGCGAGAAUUCAGGUGAUCUGGCCGAUCCUAUACAUCGGGAUCGCGGCCAUCUGCUGCUACGGCUGGACCCUGGAAUGGAACGCAAGCGUCGCCGCUCCUCUGGUCCUGCAAUUCAUCAUCGGCCUGUGCGUCACCGGAUCAUUCAACGUUCUGGGAACCUUGCUCGUCGACCUGCAUCCCACAGACCCCUCGGCGGCCACGGCUGCGAAUAAUCUCGUCCGGUGCCUGCUGGGCGCCGCGGGGACGGGCAUCAUUGACAUCAUGAUCAGCGGCAUGGGCAGCGGAUGGUGCUUUACGUGCAUUGCUCUGAUCUGUCUGGUCACCAGUCCCAUGUUGUGGCUGGUGACCAGAUGGGGACCCGGCUGGAGAGACGAGGGUCGUCGGAAGAAGAGUGGCUAG